GACCCUGUCCGGUGUCCGCUUGGGUUGAUCCUCCUCCACCUGCCACACAAACCAAAUCCAGCAAUCUCCGGCGCCAUCGUCUUCUUCCCGUAUCGCCGGGGGUGCGGUGAUUGGUGAUGAUGAGCUUCAGGGACUGGAUCUCGUACCGGCUCGGCUCGUCGGUGCUGUCGGCGAGGCCGUUCGCGCUCUCCGGGGGGAACGACGGCGCCGGCAGGGGCGAUGGGGAUGGUGCAGCGCAGAGUGAGUUUGUAGAAACUGUUUCUGCCAAUAGAUUUCGGUCUAAUGAUAUCCACACAUCAGAUUCAGAAGUCACAUCCAAUCCACAUAUUGGCACAAUGUCUUAUGAAUCAGAUCUUGAUAACACCAAGUCAGAUCCACUAAAGCAUGUUGAGGCUCUUCAAAUUAAGUUCCUGCGGCUUAUGCACAGAACUGGAGUGCCUCCCACUAGUGAUGUUGUCGCACAGGUACUGUACAGAUUGCACCUUGCCAACUUGAUAAAAGCUGGCGAAUCAGAUACCAAGAGAACCAACCUUGCUAUCAACAAAGCUAGAAUUAUAGCAGCAGAGCAAGAAGCAGCCGGUGGACCUGAUUUGGACCUCCCCUUGCGAAUUCUUCUACUUGGAAAGACUGGUGUGGGAAAAAGUGCAACAAUAAACUCCAUUUUUGAUGAAGCAAAGGUUGCUACUAACGCAUUAGCUCCUGCUACUGAAAGGAUAAGGAGGAUUGAAGGAACAAUCAAAGGAAUAAGGGUUACAGUUAUCGACACACCUGGUUUGACGCCCCAUUACCAUAGCCAGCGGAGGAACAGAAAGAUUCUACAUGCUAUCAAGCAUUUCAUUAAAAGAUCACCACCUGAUAUCGUCUUGUACUUCGAGCGACUUGACCAUAUCAACAGUAGAUACAGUGAAUACCCUCUGUUGAAACUCAUAACUGAUAUAUUGGGUUCUUCAAUGUGGUUCAACACUGUCCUUGUGAUGACUCACUGCUCUUCAUCUCCUCCUGAAGGACCAGAUGGUUAUCCUUUGGAAUAUGACGCCUAUGCCCGUUAUUGUAAGAAUGUGGUCCUGCGUCAUAUCCAGGUGGCUGCUUCUAACACACAGAUGGAGAACCCUGUCAUUCUUGUUGACAAUCAUCCAAUGUGCAGACGGAACAUCAAAGGUGAAAGAGUUUUGCCUAAUGGGAAGGUAUGGGUAUCAGAACUUUUGCUGCUAUGUGGAGCAACCAAGUUGCUGGCAGAAGCAAAUUCCUUGCUUAAGUUUCAAGAUAGCUUCCUUCUGUCACAAGCAAAUACCAGGCUUCCUUCAUUGCCUCAUCUUCUUUCUUCACUCCUUAAACCUCAUUCGUCAUCCAGAUCAGAUGGUCUUGACACACUCAUGACUGAACUGUCAGAUGACGAGGAUGAAUCUGAUCAGUUACCGCCGUUCCGUGUUCUGAAGAAAUCUGAAUAUGAGAAAUUGACAAAAGAACAGAGAUCUGCAUAUCUUGAUGAACUAGACUACCGUGAAACUCUAUACCUAAAGAAACAGUGGAAGGAGGGAAUUAGGAGGCAAAAGCUUGCUGAAUCUCAAAAUGUUGAAGCAUCAAAUGCCAUUGGUGAUGAUUACGAUGAAAGCACAUCCCCAGAGGUUGUACACAUGUCUGAUAUGGAAAUUCCAUUAAGUUUUGACUCUGAUUAUCCAGUUCAUCGCUACCGUUACCUCAUAACUGAUGAUCAAGUUUUCAGACCAGUUUUAGAUACACAAGGAUGGGACCAUGAUAUUGGAUUUGAUGGGAUCAAUUUUGAAGCAUCUCAAGAUUUACCAAAGAAUAUAACUGCAUCAAUUGCGGGACAGAUGAGAAAGGACAAAGAAGACAUGUAUGUCCAAUCAGAAUGUUCAGUGAGCUACAGCAAUAAGAACGGCCACUCCUUGAUAGGGGGCAUGGAUAUGCAAACAGCAAGUAAGGAUCUGGUUUGUACCAUCCAUGGGGACGCCAAGAUCCGCAAUUUGCCCUGGAACACUACUGAAGGAGGCAUAUCUGUUACUAAAUUCGGGACCAAGUAUUUUAGCGGGGCCAAAUUAGAGGAUUCCAUCACUAUUGGGCGACGAAUUCAGUUGGUAGGCAAUGCUGGGAGGAUGGUUGGAUGUGGACAAGUUGCAAAUGGAGGUGGCCUGGAAAUGACGUUAAGGGGCAAAGAUUACCCUGUAAGAGAAGAUAGCAUCACAGUCGCAGCCACCGCUCUCUCAUUCGAGAAAGAGACUGUAAUCGGGGCUAAUCUUCAGUCAGACUUCCGAGUGGGCCGUGGAUCAAAAAUGUCGUUCAGCGCUAACCUAAACAGCAGGAACCUAGGCCGUCUCUCUAUCAAGACUAGCACUUCAGACCAUUCUGAAAUAGCCCUGAUAGGUGCUGUCACACUGUUCCAGUUCUUUCUCAGGAGAAGAGCCGCAUCAACUGAUAAAGGUGAGCAGCAAUUUGACACUUAGAUGAGUGAAACGGAUAGGAAAAGAAGACAACUGUAGCAUGAUGCAGAUGUUUAGCAGCAUCAAGAUUUAGGACUACUUGGUGAAGUUUGGGCGUCCUUUAAAAUCUGGGAUUCCAACUUGUACAGAAUUACUGUAUGUCUGAUGUAUAAAUGCAGCAUUUUUCUAGCCAGAAUGGCUUCUGCCUGACGCAAACUAGGCUGCUAGUAAAUUCAGUUUUGACAGUCGGGUAAGAUGAUAAUCCGUUUAUCCUUUGCAUGCUUAUGUUUGGAGCUAAAUAUUUUUACUUCUUCCGACAGCCGACAGGAUGAUGUGUUUCCUGUAAAAUUCAUAUGUUCUGAACAGCUCCUAAAAUUGACAUUUUGAAACCAGUCGUCAUGAUGACAUUUUGAAAUCGGGCAUUAUGA